AUGAAAGUGUCUGGUUUCGGUACACUGAAGAAGCUACGGUUUUUUGUUGAAGGAAAUGUUAUUUCAGGUAGCAAAUUCAAGUUGCAAAUUGCACCAAGCGGUCAUAGCUUGCCACCAAAAGGUUAUGACUCAGGUGUGAACUAUUAUCAGGCUCCAUCAGGACACGGCAACGUUGUAGUCAAUGAAAAUAGUGAACAUUGUCAAGAACCUUUUGCUUCACCACAAAUAAUAAGAUUUUUGAAACCUUAUCGACCGCUUUUAAUAUAUAAAGUUAAGCCAGACGACAAGAUAUCAAUUGUUGGUUUGAAUGAUUUUGCACCUGGCAAGCCAUUAAAAUGCAUCUUGAAACACGUUGAUGGUAAAAAGGAGGAGAUCUGGCUGUCUCACAGUUUUAAUGCGGCUCAAAUCGAAUGA